UUCAAAGAAAUUAAUAAUAGUUAAUUUCCACAAUAGAUAACAAAUUAUGGAAAAAUCUAUUCUGUGAUAUCACAGUGUAAUAAUUUAUACGUUGUACAAACGUGAUACAAGAUAUAAAUUUCAAAUUUAGUUGAAAAAACGCGUACAUAAAAUGUUUUAUUUAUUUUAUUUAAUUGUCUGUUUAAGUAACUAAACUAUAAAAUUGUUAUAUCACUUUUAUCUUAAAAUCUUAAUUAUAAUUAUAUUAUUAUUAUAUGAAAUAUUAUUUAUCAAUAUUAUCAAAUGAAAAAUGAAUAGUACAACAAAUAUUAAUAAUAAUCAAGAAUAUCAAAUUAAUAUAUUAAGAAAUGGAAUUAAGAAUAUUGAUAUAACUGAAAACAAAAAUAAAAGUAUUGAAGACAUUAGUCAUGAUAUUCAAAAUCUACACAUAGUGAUGUCACUUAAAAACCAGAAUGAAAAUCUUGAUUCAUAUACUGUGUGUUCAUUAUUAACGGAACAAGUUCUAAGAACUUACAACUUAACUUUAUGUAACAAAAAAUACAAUAAUAGUGACAAAUAUUCAAAAAUUAAAAAGGAAAAAUCUAAAGUUAAAAAAAAAAGUUCAUUAGAAGUGUUCAAUAUGACACAGGAGUAAUGUAUUAUACAAAAAAAAUGUGAAGGAGAAUUAAAUAAAUAUAAUUAUGGUGGCAAAUUUAAGUGUGCAUUUUGUAAUGAUCAAUAUUUCAAACGAUGUCAGCUUGUUAAACAUAUUAAUAUGAAACAUAAUAAAGAUUGUACAAAAUAUUAUUGUAAUUUAUGUAAUAGAUUUUUUUUUAAAGAAAAUGAUCUUAUUAAACAUAAAAAACAACAUAUAGGAAAUAAAUACAAGUGCUAUAUUUGUCAUAAA